AUGACUUCCUCAGUCUUCUCACGCUCUACCACAUUUUUGGCUCUGUUGACUCUCAUCACAUUUGGCGAAGUUAGAGCGACGGAUUGCUCGCAGGGUGAUGCCUUCUGUGCAUCUUUGCUCACUGGUUCGUACUGCAAAUACUGGAAUAGUCCUCAACUUUGUCUUGGCACGAGGACUCCCUGUUCGUGCAGCACUACGUCGGUCACAACUGAUCCUAUGUCGACAACCACAUAUUCUGCUCGCCCAAAAGCUACGACAGCAACUGCGGUGACUACGUCACGUGAGACGACUACCACUUAUGAGAAGCCUUCCUCACGAAGUAACCUCAGAACCACGAAGCGUCCCACGACGACACCGUCGAACAACGAGGUCAUCACUAAGACCACAUCACCCUCUGUAGUCGGUGGUAUGCGGUUUGGUACUUACUCGUGGUCUCAAAUGUACUGGCGAGGCGACGAUACUUCUCUGAUUGAUUUCGCGGGGUCCGAUAUGGGAAGAUUGUGGAACUCUGGUGAUGUUUAUGUGAAUAUCGCUGACUACAGUAAUUAUAAGAAGAUUGACGAUGAGGAGCUACUGGUUGCUUGGAUGAAACAAUGGCGAAGAUCUACUGGCAACACUGGGCGUAUUUUUCUCACUUAUGGUGAUGCCUCCAAGCACUACAACAAAAGGAUGAUCGAAUUUGUUAACACCUUUGAGAAUUUCCUCGACAAUUACGUUAGUAGUGAAGACAUGAACGAGAUCGCACCAAUUGGUUUGAGUUUUGAUGCUGAAGGAAUGAGAAGCAGCUCCGUGCGGACGACGUUGGAAAAUGCCCAGAAGAUGAAGACUAGAGUGUCCAAGAGCAAGGGAUAUGCACCUGGCUCGCUGUUGAUCGAUUUUGCUGUGUCCGGCCAUUUGAGCCCUCUGUCUACCCAGUAUAUCAUGGAGCUUGCUGACCAUGCCACUUUCGAGGUAUUCCGCAACACUGUUGGUGGUGAAGACAACGACGGUUUGGUUGAACGUAUGAAGUGGAUGCUCACUGAACAGUGUACGGUGUGUACACAGCCUGGUUGGGAGAAUCUUAGAGCUAAGGUGACGAUCCUUACGGAAGGGUCGUGCAAUAAGGUUGACUACUGUGGGAAGGUCUCCAUGUGCGCUUUCGAUGCGAUGGAGUAUCCGAGUGCUAGUGGUGGUAUCCAAUAUGUUUGGAACGCCAUGAACCUUCUGGUGGAACGUAUGAUUUCUGAUAGUAUUGUUACUACUGACCAGUUCAACUCCCUGUUUGAUGUUCAUGGUACAUUAUUUGCUAUGAACAAUUGGGAAUGGACACGUUGCUACUAUGGUGACUCUUUUUCGAGGGAGAUGGACUUCCAGAACUGUCUUCAGUAUCAUGAGGAAGCAUUAAAGUGUCGUGCUGAUUGA